UUUUAGUUAGCUCAAUUUAACAAAUUGGGUAAGUCCGCUUGCUAUAAAUCACCUUUGGAGGCCUCUCAAUGAAAUCACCAGAAACCCAUUGAAGCUUGCUCAUUGCCUUAGCCUAUAUCGAUCAUGGAUCCUUACAAGUACCGACCAUCGAGUAGUUAUAACACAUCGUUCUGCACCACCAAUUCUGGCUUGCCUGUUUGGAAUAACAACUCAGCGUUAACCGUUGGAACUAGAGGUCCAAUCCUACUUGAGGAUUACCAUCUGAUAGAGAAGAUUGCGGCGUUCCAUCGGGAACGCAUCCCAGAGCGGGUUGUCCAUGCCAGGGGAGCUAGCGCGAAGGGCUUCUUCGAGGUCACCCAUGACAUUACUCACCUCACUUGUGCCGAUUUCCUCCGAGCCCCAGGAGUCCAGACCCCGCUCAUCACCCGAUUCUCAACAGUUAUCCAUGAACGAGGCAGCCCUGAGACAAUCCGAGACCCUCGAGGUUUCGCCAUCAAGUUCUACACUAGAGAGGGAAAUUGGGAUCUUGUUGGAAACAAUUUCCCAAUAUUCUUCAUCCGGGACGGAAUGAAGUUCCCCGACGUGAUCCACGCCUUCAAACCGAAUCCAAAGUCACACAUCCAAGAGAAUUGGAGGAUCCUUGACUUCUGCUCGCACCACCCGGAGAGCUUGAACACAUUUGCCUGGUUCUACGAUGAUGUCGGCAUUCCUUUGAAUUACAGGCACAUGGAAGGAUUUGGUGUCCACACAUACACUCUCAUUAACAAGGCAGGAAAGGUCACGUACGUGAAGUUCCACUGGAAGCCCACAUGUGGGAUCAAGAACUUGAUGGAUGACGAGGCUGUGAUCGUUGGUGGGAAAAAUCACAGCCAUGCUACUAAGGACCUCUAUGAUUCGAUCUCAGCCGGGAACUAUCCUGAGUGGAAGCUAUUUAUCCAGACCAUGGAUCCUGCCGACGAGGAUAAGUUCGAUUUCGACCCGUUGGAUGUUACCCAGAUCUGGCCAGAGGACAUCAUACCACUUCAGCCGGUGGGCCGCAUGGUCUUGAACAGGAACAUCGAUAACUUCUUCGCAGAGAAUGAGCAGCUCGCAUUCGCUCCAUCACUCAUUGUGCCUGGCAUUUAUUAUUCGGAUGAUAAGAUGCUUCAAUGUAGGAUUUUCGCCUACAACGACACUCAGAGGCACCGCUUGGGACCGAACUACUUGAUGCUUCCGGUCAAUGCACCAAAAUGCGGUUACCAUAACAAUCACUAUGAUGGUGCAAUGAACUUCAUGCACAGGGAUGAGGAGGUGGAUUACUUCCCCUCACGGUACGAUCCCGUCCGACAUGCUGAGAAGUUUCCCAUUCCGGACCGCAUUUUAACUGGUAGACGUGAGAAGACCAUUAUUUCUAAGGAGAACAACUUCAAACAGGCUGGAGAUAGAUACCGAUCUUUUGCGCCAGACAGGCAAGAACGUUUUAUCGGUCGGAUCGUCGGGGGGCUAUCAGAUCCAAGGCUCACCUACGAGCUUCGCAGCAUCUGGAUCUCCUACUGGUCCCAGUGUGACAAUUCUCUGGGCCAGAAGAUUGCAUCUCGCCUCAACGUCAGACCAUGCAUAUGAUGAAGUUUGGGGAUGAUCAUCUCGUGCGGCACAUAGAAGAUGAAAAAAGAAAAAUGAGGUCAUGGGUCGGGCCCACACGGGCACUGCCAUGAUUUUAUGCUGUAAUCGAGUUCUGUAACUAUGUUAUCUGCUGGAUAUUAUAAGUGCCUCCUGCACAGUGCCGUCUGUCGGCACAAACUAUAUGUAUUUACAUGCUAUAUAGAAAAAUCCCCUCUCACGUGCCGAAGAGGGAAAUGGGCCAAGUGACA